UCUCAAUGUUAACAAGCUAGCUGAAAAGCUGCUGUGUAAUCUUGCUCCUAACUGUUGUCGAAGUUGUUAAAAAAGACAAGCCUAACAAUGCCGGAUUAUUUAGGGACUGAGCAGCGUAAAGUGAAAGAGGAGGAGAAAGACGAGACACAAAUCCGAGCUUUGGAUGAAGGAGACAUUGCUCUUCUGAAAACAUAUGGUCAAAGCACCUACUCUCGUCAGAUUAAGCAAGUGGAAGAUGACAUCCAGCAGCUUCUCAAGAAGAUCAAUGAACUCACAGGCAUUAAAGAGUCAGACACAGGCUUGGCACCCCCUGCAUUAUGGGACUUGGCUGCAGACAAACAGACUCUGCAGAGUGAACAGCCACUGCAAGUUGCCAGGUGUACCAAAAUCAUUAAUGCUGACUCUGAGGAUCCAAAGUACAUCAUUAAUGUAAAGCAGUUUGCCAAGUUUGUGGUGGAUCUGAGUGAUCAGGUUGCCCCUACUGACAUCGAGGAAGGAAUGAGAGUUGGUGUUGACAGAAACAAAUAUCAGAUCCACAUUCCACUUCCUCCCAAAAUUGAUCCCACUGUCACUAUGAUGCAGGUGGAGGAGAAACCAGAUGUCACCUACAGUGAUGUGGGAGGCUGUAAAGAGCAGAUAGAAAAGCUCAGAGAAGUGGUUGAGACCCCUCUGCUGCAUCCGGAGCGGUUCGUAAAUCUAGGAAUUGAGCCUCCUAAGGGAGUGCUACUGUUUGGGCCCCCUGGUACUGGAAAAACUCUGUGUGCAAGAGCUGUGGCCAAUCGUACUGAUGCCUGCUUUAUCAGAGUCAUUGGCUCUGAGCUGGUUCAGAAGUAUGUGGGUGAGGGAGCCAGAAUGGUUCGAGAACUUUUUGAGAUGGCCAGAACAAAGAAGGCCUGCCUCAUCUUUUUUGAUGAAAUUGAUGCCAUUGGAGGUGCACGUUUUGAUGAUGGAGCUGGAGGAGACAAUGAGGUGCAGAGGACUAUGCUUGAACUGAUCAACCAGCUAGACGGCUUCGAUCCUAGAGGAAACAUCAAAGUGCUGAUGGCUACAAACCGACCUGACACUCUGGACCCCGCUCUUAUGAGACCUGGUCGGCUCGACCGCAAGAUUGAAUUUAGUCUGCCUGACCUAGAGGGGCGCACUCACAUCUUUAAGAUCCAUGCCCGAUCUAUGAGUGUGGAAAGAGACAUUCGCUUUGAGCUGCUGGCACGCCUCUGUCCCAACAGCACAGGUGCCGAGAUCCGAAGUGUGUGCACAGAGGCUGGCAUGUUCGCCAUCAGAGCUCGAAGAAAAAUUGCCACAGAGAAAGAUUUCCUGGAAGCUGUAAACAAGGUUAUCAAGUCAUAUGCCAAGUUCAGCGCCACCCCACGAUACAUGACCUACAAUUAAACAAAUUUCAAGUAAUUCAUGUCUUUUGAUCUUCUGUGCAAGAGUGAAAAGCUUCAUAUUAUUAAUAAAACAUGUACUACCCUUA